GAAACGUUGGACUGGCACACAGCAACCGGCACACGGGGAGCAUCUCAGCACACAGAAGGAGUCACUUUUUUUGCUCUGGAUAUUAUACAGUCCUACCCACCCGCUCGGAUGUGCAAUAUGACUUUUGAAGAAACCAGUGGAGAUAAUUCGUCAGAAAGGAUGGACUCGGUGGCUAAAGCGCUAGAGGAGGUCCUGAGCUCCGCGUUGCCUCAGGGUUGCACCACCGUUGGCGUCUACGAGGCAGCAAAGUCCCUAAAUGCGGACCCAGACAAUGUGGUGUUGUGUCUGCUGGCCACCGACGAUGAGGAGGAUGUGGCUCUCCAGAUUCAUUUCACCCUGAUCCAGGCUUUCUGCUGCGAGAAUGACAUCAACAUCCUGCGGGUGAGCAACAUGCAGCGUCUGGCAGAAAUACUGGGAGGAGUGAAAGCUGGAGGGGAGCCCACGGACCUGCACUGUGUUCUAGUUACCAAUCCCCAGUCGUCGCUGUGGAAGGACCCGGCGCUGAGCAAAGUGACCAGAUUCUGCAGAGAAAGCCGCUGUUUGGAUCAGUGGGUGCCUGUCAUCAACCUGCCCGACCGAUGAAACUGCUUGGAUUAUUAAUGUAUUGUGUGCAUUGGGGGAAAAGUAACUGCACCAGGCCUGUGUUAAUGUCUGUGUUGGACUCCUUUUUGGAAAUGCCCCGGAGAGACAGAGACAGAGAGAGAGAGAGAGAGACGGGAGGGGCAGAAAAAAAGAACACAAGGAAGCAAAACGUUACAACAAUUUACGAGUCAGGGUGAACAUGUGGGCCAAGAAAGAGUGACUCAGCAGUCUGGGUUCCAGGAUUUCCAAUGUAUGACUGCACCUUUCUCUGCCGAGAAAGAAGCCUUCACAGGAAACUGAACCUCGUGAGCGGACAAGCACACGUGGUGGUGAGCACAGGCGCAGGACAGCAGACACAGAGUCUCAGUUGACUCCCAAGAACUGGACCAUGCUGGAGUGGACCGAUCGGAGCGCUCAGCUUGAAGAAUUCCUCAUGAAAAUUUGACCAAAUCCAAGCAUUUCUUUUAACAGCACAUUUAUUUAAUUGUAUUUAAGACGUGUCACUUUGAUAACUCAAAAGGGAAAGUUUUCACAGUUAACUAUUAUUAUUUUAAGGGCAACGCAAUGUUUAGACCUGUCCACUAACUGAUGUUGUGCAUUAUUAAUUUAAGGAAUUAUAUUUAUUGUUCAUGGAAUUCUGCCUUGUUACGUUGAAUGAAAUAAACAAACAACAGUUCACAGGGUGGUUCUGGCUCCAUGAUUUUCACGUACUACAGGUCUAGUGUGCUUGCAGGAAGUCACAGGGUGUCCUGAAGAACAGUGUGUCCCUUUUGCACAUUAAAAGCUCAACAUGCUGCCCCGCUGAGUGUGGAUUUCUGUCCUGCAACGUGACCCAUUCGGCAGCUUGAAGUAUUUACUCUACACAUUACUAACCUUUUCUGCAGCUUGUGUCUCUUGGACCGAAAGCAAGAUAAUGUUUUGGUUGUUUUUGGUAGUCCGUUAUAAUUGCCGCCUUUUUUUUACCUGACUGCGGAUUCAAAAAUGUUGUUCUUUACAACUUCACAUCUAUUAUGUUCUAAAUCUGCUGCAGUCAAUGGUGGAAGAAGUACUCGGAUCUUUUUAAUUUGCUUACUAUUUAGAAGUAAUACCACAGUGUGAAAAUAUUCUUUAAAGUACCAAAAGUAAAAGUACACAUACAGAGUGGCCCAUUUUAGAAUAAUAUGCAUUACUGUAUUAUGAUCAUCUAUGCAUUGAUGUGUAAUCAGAUAAGUUUGCAGAUAAGAAUCAGAUAAGAUGCUGCAGGCAUGAGAUUCCUUGAA